UUACAACUCCAAGAGGGUCCCAUAAAAUCUCACACGUGGACAGCGACACACCGUCGUUUUGAUGAGAUUCAACAACAUCUGCCUCGACUGAACUUCGUCUUCAUCUCCUCCUUCCUCCUCAAAAUCUCGAUUUCAAAAACCCUUAACAGACACUUCUAGUUCCCUUACGGAUGCAGAUCUCUCGAGGUUAGUGUUCUUUCGAGCAACCAUGGCGCGGAGAUCGCCGCCGCAGCUUCCGGCGGCACGUCGCGGCGGCGUUGUGUCGUUUCGAUGGAAGCUAAUCACUGCAAUCUCCGCCUCUCUAUGCUUACUAGCUCUCCUCAGUAUCUACCACCGUCAGUCCCGUCCCCCCAGUCCGUCGCUCUCCGUCGCGAGAUCUCGAAUCCCGCUCAAGAAAUACUCCGGGGACCGUCCGAAGAUCGCGUUCCUUUUCCUCGCUCGGCUUGAUCUUCCUCUCGAUUUCCUAUGGGACAGAUUCUUCAAGGGUGGAGAUGAGAGGAACUUGUCAAUCUAUGUACACUCGAUACCUGGUUUCGUGUUCGAUGAAGGCACCACUCGAUCACACUUCUUCCAUAAUCGACAGUUGAAAAAUAGCAUCCAGGUGGUUUGGGGAGAAGCAAGCAUGAUUGCAGCAGAAAGAUUGUUGCUUGCAUCAGCCUUGGAGGAUCCUUCUAAUCAAAGAUUUGUUCUUUUAUCUGAUAGCUGUGUUCCGUUAUACGACUUUGGUUACAUAUACACAUAUCUUAUGUCUUCACCAAAAAGUUUUGUAGACAGUUUCCUUGAUACUAAAGACCAGCGCUACAGCAUGAAAAUGUAUCCUGUUAUACCCAAAGAAAAAUGGCGAAAAGGAUCUCAGUGGAUAUCAUUGAUCAGAAGCCACGCAGAGGUUAUUGUUAAUGACGAUACUGUGUUCCCAGUUUUUCAGAAAUUUUGCAAGCGAUCUCUACCUCUGGAUCCCAGUAAGAAAUGGCUAUAUCUUAAACAAAGACGUCACAACUGCAUCCCUGAUGAACACUACGUGCAAACUCUGCUCACAAUGCGUGGCUUGGAGACUGAAAUGGAACGGAGAACAGUGACAUACACUACAUGGAACCUAUUAGCCAAAAAAGCUGAAACCAAGUCUUGGCAUCCUCUCACUUUCACAUCUGACAACUCCGGACCAAAGGAGAUAGAAGAGAUAAAGAAGAUCAACCAUGUUUAUUAUGAAUCAGAGUAUCGAACGGAAUGGUGCAGGGCGAAUUUAAAACCCGUCCCGUGCUUUCUUUUUGCGAGGAAGUUCACUAGAGGAGCUGCGAUGCGUCUUUUGAGUGAAGGAUUAUUAGAAUCAUCAACUGAUACAACAACAACCUCUUGAAUGUAAGAAAGGUAAACACAAAGGUUAAGGUUACACAACUAAGAAAGACAGAAACCCAAAAAUGACUUCAGAAAGGGUUUUAACUUAGAGCAUAUACAAGUGAAGAAGCAUACAGAUUACAGAGAGUACAUUAACUGAUCAAUGGUUUAGUACAAACUACAGGCGUUAUGUAUUUCUUUUUUAUUUUGGUAUUUUAUAUGUAUUUUAAAUUAACCGGCAAUUCAUGCGCUUCUUAUAGAAAAAUUAUAAUACAAAUGUUUUGGAAACCAGUUUGAUGGUUCCG